AUGGGUCGGGCGGGCGGCUCCGCGCUGCGGGCGGCUCUGGCGGUGCUGGCGGCCGCUGGAACCUUCUCUCCUUUUCCAGGUCUGAAGUGUGUGUGCCAGCUGUGUGAGCACAGCAACUUCACCUGCCAGACAGAGGGGGCCUGCUGGGCAUCUGUGAUGCUGACCAACGGGAGGGAGGAGGUCAUCAAGUCCUGUGUCUCCCUCCCCGAGCUGAACGCUCAGGUCUUCUGCCACAGCUCCAAGAACAUCACCAAGACUGAGUGCUGCUACACUGACUUCUGCAACAACAUCACCCUCCACCUGCCCGUUGCCUCGGAGCCCCCUGGCAGAGCCAGCCUGGGGCCGGUGGUGCUGCUGGUGACAGUGGCAGUGCCAGUCUGUGUCCUCUCACUGGUGGCCGUGCUGGUGGCCUGCACCUGCCGGGGGGGGCACUGUGCCCACCGCCGGGCCAAGCCCCCCAACGUGGAGGAGCCCCUCUCUGAGAGCAACCUGGUCAGCUCUGGGAAGACCCUGAAGGAUCUCAUCUACGACAUGACGACCUCCGGCUCCGGCUCUGGUUUACCUCUGCUCGUGCAAAGGACCAUCGCCAGGACCAUUGUCCUGCAGGAAAUCGUAGGGAAAGGCCGGUUUGGUGAAGUCUGGCGUGGAAAGUGGUGUGGGGAGGAUGUAGCUGUGAAAAUCUUCUCCUCCAGAGACGAACGGUCCUGGUUCCGGGAGGCUGAGAUUUACCAGACUGUGAUGCUGAGGCACGAGAACAUCCUGGGCUUUAUUGCUGCUGACAACAAGGAUAAUGGGACGUGGACUCAGCUCUGGCUUGUCUCUGAGUACCACGAGCAGGGCUCCCUGUUUGACUACCUGAACAGAGGGACGGUGACAGUGCAGGGCAUGGUCAGGCUGGCACUGUCAGUGGCCAGUGGCCUGGCCCACCUCCACAUGGAGAUCGUCGGCACACAAGGCAAGCCUGCCAUUGCCCACCGAGACCUGAAAUCCAAGAACAUCCUGGUGAAGAGGAAUGAGAGCUGUGCCAUCGCUGACCUGGGACUGGCGGUGAAGCACGACUCAGUGCUGAACACCAUUGACAUCCCCCAGAACCCCAGGGUGGGGACACGGAGGUACAUGGCUCCUGAGAUCCUGGAUGACGUGAUGAACACCAGCAUCUUUGAGUCCUUCAAGCGUGCAGACAUCUACUCUCUGGGGCUGGUGUACUGGGAGAUCGCCCGGAGAUGCUCAGUUGGAGGAAUCACAGAGGAAUACCAGCUGCCUUACUACGACGUGGUACCUUCCGAUCCCUCGAUAGAAGACAUGAGAAGGGUGGUUUGUGAGCAGAAGCUCAGGCCAAAUAUUCCAAACCAGUGGCAAAGCUGUGAGGCGCUGCGGGCCAUGGGCCGGGUGAUGCGGGAGUGCUGGCACGGCAGCGGGGCCGCCCGCCUCACCGCCCUGCGCGUCAAGAAAACCAUCUCCCAGCUCUGCCUGCAGACCCACGGCAAGGCCUGA